GGGGCCCCCAGGCAAUAGGGGAUCAUUGGGGCCCCUGUGUCCUUGCCCAAACUCAAAAAGGCCUAUGAAAAAGGUACCAGGGGCAUCUCAUGGGGCCCCCUACUGACCCCGGCCCUCGGGCAGUGCCCAAGUUUUGCAAAAUGGUCAGUCCGACCCCCUCAAUCCGUUCACUUGUGUGUAAAGAGAAGACGCGGGGAGCCGUACACCUCAUACUUCCUUUAUGCUAAAAAAAUUUUUUUUUUUUUUUUUUUUUUUUUUUGAAACCUCCAUUUUCCAGGCUGACGUGUUUGACAAGCAAAAUGCAAACGGUGACUUUUUGCAUAUUUGAAAUUCUUUAAAUGUUA